AUGACCCAAUUCACGCAGCAGUUCCUCAACAGCGUCCUCUCUCAGCGGGGGCCGGCGGCGCUGCCGUACGCCGAGGACACGAAGUGGCACGUCCGCCAGCACCUGAUGCACCUCAUCGAGACCUACCCGUCCCUGCAGCCCAAGACCGCCGUCUUCACCCACAACGACGGCCGCGCUGUCAACCUCCUCCAGGCCGACGGCACCGUCCCGAUGUCGUUCCAGGGCGUUACCUACAACAUCCCCGUCAUCAUCUGGCUCACGGAGUCGUACCCCCGCCACGCGCCGCUGGUCUUCGUCAACCCCACCCGCGACAUGAUCAUCAAGCGGCCCCACCCCUUCGUCUCCCCCAACGGGGUCGUCUCCAUCCCGUACAUACACUCGUGGGUCUUCCCGUCCUCGAAUUUGGUUGAAUUAGCAAGGAAUCUGAGCCACUUCUUCGCCCGCGACCCGCCUCUUUAUUCCCAGCGUAAGCCGUCUAACCCUAACCCCAACCCUAGCUCCAAUUUGAAUCCAGCCUUCAGCAGCAUUAAUUCGUCCGUGGGGUCCACCACUGCUUAUCCUCCCACGCCAACCCCACCGCCACCAUAUGGUAGUGGAAGGAUCAUGGAGGAUCCUGCUGAGGUUUUCAAGAAAAACGCUAUAAACAAGCUCGUGGAGAGUUUGAACGGUGAUAUUCGGGAGAUGAGGAAAGCAAGGGAGGUUGAGAUGGAAGGGUUUUUCGGGGCUCAGGCAAUGCUGAGAAGCAGAGAAGAGGAUUUGAGAAAAGGGCUGAAGGAAAUGCUAGACGAGAAGGAAGCACUCGAGCAGCAGCUGCAGAUGGUCUUGAUGAACACCGAUAUUUUAGAAGGAUGGUUGAGAGAGAAUGAAGGGAAAUCGGGGAGUGGUGAUGUGGAUGUGGACGAGGCAUUUAAUCCGGGUGAUGCCCUUUCGAAACAGAUGCUGGAUUGCACGGCAUCGGAUUUGGCUGUUGAGGAUGCUGUAUAUGCAUUGGACAAGGCCGUGCAAGAAGGGGCUAUACCGUUUGAUCAGUACUUGAGAAAUGUGAGGCUUUUGUCGAGAGAGCAGUUUUUCCAUCGAGCCACAGCCUCGAAAGUAAGGGCCAUUCAGAUGCAGGCUCAGGUUGCAAGUAUGGCUUCUAGGGCUACACCACAGGUCACUCCUUUGAAGAAUCCACAUAACUCUGAUAUAAUGGUGCGGCACUAUGAUCAAAAAGGGAAUUUCAGUGUGAAGUCUGCCUACAAUACCUUCCUAAAGCUUGAACAUAUCUCUAAAGACACUCCAGAGAGUAGCAGAAUGUGGCGAGUAACCUGGGCCCUCAAAGUGAAACAGAAGCUGAAGCACUUCAUGUGGAGAAUCCUGAAUAACACAUUACCAACAUCAAGGAAUUUAUGGUUGAGGAAAUCACAAAACCAUUUCAUUUGUGAACUUUGUGGGAUGGAAGUCGAAACUAUUGGACAUAUAUUCUUUACUUGUGAAAGAGCCUCAACUGCUUGGUGUUUAGCUCCUAUUGAUUGGGACGGUUGCAAGGAACAAGCAGGCUGCUUCAAAUGGUGGAUCAAGAUCUGUGAAGGAAAAAACUCAAAAAUUUAUUCUGGGCGGCAACAACUGAUAGCUUGA